AAAAGUUACACGAUUUUCAUGCUAAACAAGAAUUUAGGCUUUGCAAAUGAAAGAAUUAAACUACACUGAAUUGUUUAAAAUUAAUUAUACAAAUAAUUUUUUUUAAUUAAAACGUUAAAAGUAUAGAGUAUAAUUUAUUUGGGUUUUGUAAAUGUAUUCACAUUUACUUUGUUACCCAUUAGUGUGUUAUUAAGGUGAGCACUAGGUUUAAUCAAAAUUUAUUAUAAUUAAAAUGUUGACCAAAUUUGAAACAAAAUCUGCCCGUAUUAAGGGCCUAACGUUUCAUCCAAAAAGACCAUGGAUUUUGGCUAGUCUUCAUACUGGAGUUAUUCAACUCUGGGAUUAUCGAAUGUGUACAUUAUUAGACAAAUUUGAUGAACAUGAUGGACCAGUUCGAGGUAUCCAUUUUCAUAGUCAACAACCUAUUUUUGUUUCUGGAGGUGAUGAUUAUAAAAUCAAAGUUUGGAACUAUACUCAGCGUCGAUGCAUAUUCACACUUCUUGGUCAUUUGGAUUAUAUUCGUUCUACAAUGUUCCAUCAUGAAUACCCGUGGAUAUUAAGUGCUUCUGAUGAUCAAACUAUAAGAAUUUGGAAUUGGCAAAGUCGAGCUUGUAUUUGUGUUUUAACAGGUCAUAAUCAUUACGUAAUGUGUGCACAAUUUCAUCCAUCUGAAGAUUUAGUAGUGUCCGCAUCACUUGAUCAAACGGUUCGUGUAUGGGAUAUAUCUGGGUUACGGAAGAAAAAUGUUGCCCCAGGACCAGGAGGACUUGAUGAUCACUUAAAAAACCCCAAUGCAACUGAUUUAUUUGGUCAAGCUGAUGCUGUUGUAAAACAUGUACUCGAAGGACACGAUCGAGGUGUCAACUGGUGUACAUUUCAUCCUACUAUGCCUCUUAUAGUUUCUGGUGCUGAUGAUCGUCAAGUUAAAUUAUGGAGAAUGAAUGAUUCCAAAGCUUGGGAAGUAGAUACAUGUCGUGGUCAUUAUAAUAAUGUUUCAUGUGUUGUUUUUCAUCCAAAACAAGAAUUAAUCUUAUCUAACUCUGAAGAUAAAAGUAUUCGUAUCUGGGAUUUAACCAAACGAACAUGUUUAAAUACAUUUAGACGUGAAAAUGAACGAUUUUGGAUCCUUGCUGCACAUCCAACAUCUAAUUUGUUUGCAGCAGGACAUGAUUCUGGUAUGGUUAUUUUUAAACUAGAACGGGAAAGACCUGCUUUCACACAGUUUGGAAAUUACUUAUAUUAUGUUAAGGAACGAUUCUUACAUCGUCUUGAUUUUACAACUCAUAAAGUUAAUACAGUGAUGCAAUUAAGAGGUGGAGGAAGAACUUUAGCUUACAGUAUUAGUUAUAAUCCAGCAGAAAAUGCAUUGCUAGUAGUUACAAGAAAUUCUAAUGUUGAAAAUAGUACAUAUGAUUUGUAUCAGCUACCUAAGGAAUCUUCAGAUAGUGGUGUUAUUGAAUCACCUGAUAGUAAGAGAUCUAGUGGUGUAAUGGCAGUAUGGAUUGCUAGAAAUAGAUUUGCUGUUUUAGAUAAGACGCACAUGCUUCAAGUAAAAAAUUUGAAAAAUGAAAUGUCUAAAAAGAAUAUAGGUCCUAAUAAUGUAGAUGAAAUUUUCUAUGCUGGUACAGGUUUAUUGUUAUUAAGAGAUCCUGAAAACUUAACCUUAUUUGAUGUAACACAAAAAAGAGUUUUGGCUCAAUCAAAAAUAGCUAAAUGCCGAUAUGUUAUUUGGUCUAAUGAUGGAUCAUUGCUUGCUGUUUUAUGUAAACAUAAUAUUUACAUAUGUAGCAGAAAACUAGAAAUUCUUUGUACAAUUCAUGAAAACUCUAAAAUUAAAUCUGGUGCUUGGGAUGAUUGUGGUGUAUUCAUAUAUACGACUAGUAAUCAUAUAAAAUAUGCUUUACCUGAUGGUGGAGAUUAUGGAAUAAUUCGAACAUUAGAUUUACCAAUUUAUAUUACUAAAGUUAAUGGCAAUCAAGUAUUCUGUUUGGAUAGAGAAUGUCGACCAAGAGUUUUAAAUAUUGAUACUACUGAGUAUAAAUUUAAAUUAGCAUUGAUUAAACGAAAAUAUGAGGAAGUAUUACAUAUUGUUAGAAAUGAUAGGUUAAUUGGUCAAUCAAUCAUUGCUUACUUACAACAAAAAGGAUACCCUGAAGUUGCAUUGCAUUUUGUUAAGGAUAAUAAGACUAGAUUUUCUUUAGCACUUGAAUGUGGAAACAUUGAUAUUGCUUUAGAAGCAGCUAGAACAUUGGAUGACAAACAGUGUUGGGAACAAUUGGGUCAAGCUGCCUUACUUCAAGGUAAUCACCAAAUAGUAGAAAUGUGUUAUCAAAGAACAAAAAAUUUUGAUAAGUUAUCAUUUUUAUAUUUAAUCACUGGUAAUUUGGAUAAAUUAAGAAAAAUGAUGAAAAUUGCUGAGAUACGUAAAGAUGUUUCUGGUCAUUAUCAAGGUGCUCUUCUGCUAGGUGACUGUCAAGAGAGAAUUAAAAUAUUGAAUGAUCUUGGUCAUAAGUCGCUUGCUUACUUGACUGCUGAAACUCAUGGAUUACAUGUUCAAGCUGAAUCUAUAAAAGAAGGUUAUGAAGGGAAUUUACCAAAGGUAAAUCCCAAUGCAGUUUUAUUAAGACCCCCUGUGCCAGUUAGCCAAGCUGAAUCUAAUUGGCCAUUAUUAACUGUAUCCAAAGGUUUCUUUGAAGGUGCAAUUUUAUCUGCUGGUAAGUCAUCUGGACUUAUUGAAACUCCUAUUGGUGAUGAAAUUGAAGAAGAAGGUUGGGGAGCUGAAGCUGAUUUGGGGCUAGAAGGACGUAUGUCACCUACACAUUCUGAAACUGAAGAUGAAAUUGCAGCUGUUGUGGAAGGCGAAGAAGGAUGGGAUGUUGGUGAUGAAGAAUUAGAACUACCACCCGAGGUUGCUAUUUUGAAACAAGAUUCUGACUAUUUUGUUGCUCCUAAAGAAGGACCAAAUCCAGCAUAUGUAUGGUCUAAUAAUAGUCAAUUACCCAUUGAUUACAUAAAGUCAGGUAACUUCGAAACUGCUUUUAAGUUACUUAAUCAACAGAUAGGAAUUACUAAUUUCUUACCUCUCAAAAGCUUGAUUAUGGACACAUACCUCAAGUCUCGCUGUUCUUACUCACCAUUACCAUCUCAUCCUUCACUUUUUGUGUAUCCCCAUAGAAACUGGAAAGACUCAAAUAAUAAACCAGUUUUAGAUAUAAAAUUAGAUCAAUUACUUGCAGAACUACAAACCUGUUAUCAAUUAACUACUGCAGGUAAAUUCCCAGAAACCAUAGCCAAAUUUCGAACUAUUUUACUGUCUAUCCCAUUAUUGUGUGUGGAUACUAAACAAGAAUUAGCAGAAGUUACACAAUUAAUACAUAUUUGUAAAGAAUAUUUGAUAGGUUUAAUAAUGGAAACUGCACGUAAAGAACAUCCUAAAACUACUGCUGAGGAUCAAAAAAGAGUGGCAGAAAUGGCUGCAUAUUUUACACAUUGUGAUUUACAAGUAUCUCAUAAAGUAUUAACCUUACGAACAGCUAUUAAUAUAUUUUAUAAAAUUGGAAAUUUAAAUACAGCAUCAUCGUUUGCUAAAAGAUUAUUGGAAUUAGGUCCUCGUAAUGAAGUUGCUCAACAAGCAAGAAAAAUGGUACAAGCAUGUGAUUUAAAUCCUGUCGAUAAAUUACAAAUUGCAUAUGACCAACAUAAUCCAUUCUCAAUAUGUGCAUAUUCUUUUUUGCCAAUCUACAAGGGUAAAGAAGAAUUGAAAUGUCCAUUUUGUUCUGCAUCAUACCAACCUAUACAUAAGGGUAAAGUUUGCAAUAUAUGUCAAACAGGAUCUAUAGGAAAAGAGGGUACUGGACUAAAAAUAACUGCAACUCAUUACCGUUGAAUAUUUAUCAAUAUUUGCUUAGUUUCUUUUCAAUUCUUGUUUAUAAAUUAUUAUAUACUUAUAUAUGUUUAUGAUAUUAUUAAAUAUGUUUUUUUUUUUUU